AUAGAAACCAACUGAGAAAAUCGCAACGCAAUAAAACUUCUCUACAUCCUUCAUCUUCCUGCCUACUCCAAUGGCAUUGAACUUCAUAGCAAAGUUGCUGUUAGUUCUAACCUUUGCCGCUUUUUCGGCCGGUGCUACAAGAAGUCAGCUCAAAGAAACCAAACUGACCGUGUUCUUCCAUGACUUCGUUGCCGGUCCGAAUACCACAGUAAUCCCAGUUGCAGGUAUUGCCGGCAAACUUUGGACCUUCACUCAGUUCGGAACAGUUUACGUGACUGAUGAUCCGUUAACCGCAACACCGGAUCUAAACUCAGCCGUAGUCGGGCGAGGCCAAGGCGUGUAUGUGACAUCCGGGCUGGACGGACUCAACACUCAUGUGUUGAUAUCGAUUGUGUUCGCAAACAAGAAGUACAAUGGCAGCACAUUAGAGAUACAAGGAACCAGUAAGCAGUUCGAGGCGGUUAGGGAGGUUUCGGUGGUCUCCGGUACCGGAAAGUUUCGAUUUGCGAGAGGAUACGCUACGUUCGAAACGUUGCUUGUGGAUGCUGCAACUUUCUACUCGGUUGAGAGAUGCAACGUUACAGUGGAACAUUACUAGAAGAUCUCUGUGUUGAUGCCAUGGCCUCUUACUUUUGUUAAUUUAUCUGUAAUCCCAAACAUAUGCUUCGAAUUCGAUAUAACUGUUGCUAAUAUCAAAUCUGCGUCAUGUCUUUUUCGUGUCACAUGCUGGCAAUGUAUUCAGAUAAGACGGCUAUCGUUAUAUAUUAUAAAUCCAAUAAUUUAAGA